GCCAUUUAUUAACUUUACUUGGAGAAAAAGGCAAGUCCAGUGACGCACCGACAGAAACUGAAGCCGCCGGCAAACGGCCACCUUCUUCGCUCCCAUCAAAGAUAGCCCUACCUCCUCUCUCUAUUCUCUAUCUGUUGUCUUUACCGAAACUCACUCUCACCCGGCGACAUUUCCCUUCGUUACCGACUGGAGCAUAAGCUGCUGUGUUCAACCUCCAAACUCCGUUUUUCAGCUUCGACGCGCAUUCCUCCACAAGUUCUUCUGUGACUGCUUCUCUUUAUCAACUGAAAUAUUUCCUUUCACUUCUAGAAACAGGGAAAUAUGCUCUGUUGACAAGUUCGUUCACCACUGUUGAGCACUAGAUAGUUUAAGUGAGGGUACACUUUUGAAGAAGGUCUGCUUGUUAGCUCAGUUUCUUUUACCAGUUAAGAAUUGAGCAGAUUGGUAAGUAAGAUGGAGGGAGAAAGUGGCCAAGAAAAUCCUUUACAGUUGAGAUCCCUCACUUUUGCCGGGAAUUCCAAUUAUGGCUCUUAUGGUUCUGGAGACGAUCAAAACCAGCUAUUUCCUAUGUCAGAUGGAGUGAUUGAAAGCCAGCCUGAUACUUUGUCAUUAUCUCAGUGGCUUCAUUGCUCAAAGACACCUUGCAGUUACGUUGAAUUUCUCACAGGAAAUUCCGGAUACCUUGAGAAUGCUCCAAUUGCAGAUUUAAUGGAGUCUGUUGCUCUGCCUGGUGGUGGCAUAGAUGCUGUUGAGAGGGUCUCUGAGGUCCAAAGAGGAUUGUUAAAUAAUGAUCUUGAGAAGGUUUUUGCUCCUAGAGAUAAUGAUUCUUCCUCUGACAUGGAUGCUUGGAAGUUAAAGCAAUGUACCUGUAUGCUCAAUAGCAACUUCCAUGAAGCCUCAGUAAGUUUUCUCAAGCUGCAAGAUGGAGGAUCAAUCUACUCAAAAUUUCAGACCUAUGCUCAGAAUCAGACUUUUGGGACACAAGAACCAAGUGGAAAUGAUUGUAAUUCCUUUCAUUUUCGUUCCAAGUAUGGAGUCCAAACAUCAGGUUUCCUGUCAAAGCCACGUAAUAGGAGGCCAAGACAAGGAACCUCUGCAACUGAUCGUCAACGCAGAUUGCGAAUUGCUGAUAAACUGAAAGCACUGCGAGGACUGCUUCAAAAUUCUGAGGGUAGCCAAACAUCUGUAGUUGAUGAUGUUAUUGGCCAUAUCAAGUUUCUGCAAUUACAGAUAAAGGAACUAAGUCGAAGUAGAUUGGGAGGGGAACCGACUUCUCAUCCUUUUAUUUUUCUGGAGGGAUAUGGUCACUAUAUUCUCCAUGAAAAGACAAUGAAUGGACCUCUUGAAGACUUGAUGGGAAAUCUGCUUGAGAUGAAUCCAUCUGAAGCAACCCAAUUGUUGGAGAGUAGAGGCCUCUACAUAAUGCCUAUAUCUUUUGCCGAAGGGUUCUGCCAAGCUGCGUAGAUAUCUUCCUGAUCUUAUUACAUAAACAUCUAACAAUUUGACUACUUCCUUUUCCAUGGCAUGAGGAGAAAUGCUGCUAAGCAAAAACUAUGCUCAGUUUGUUUUACAGUGAGAAUGAUUUAA